CUGAGGCGCUGCGCUACAGCAGGUUCGAAUCGCUGCCAGUCAGUGAUUUUUUUUCUUAUUUUUCGCAAGUUAUUAAUUCUUAUAUUCUUUGGCGGUGAAUGCUUUGGAAUAAUGAAAUGGAUCAAUUUUUUUUGGUCUACUGUGUGAAUGAUUUGUUAUUAUACAUAAAUAGUUGUGUUUUUGCGAGGUUUUCAAAAAAUAAGAAUAACGAUUAUACAGAGUUUCUUCAGUUACAGUGCUUACUGCGUAUUAGAGGUUUCCUGAUAAUAGACCUAUAUGAAAAUCGGUAUUAUAUUAUGUAAUAUUAAUUCCUACUAAAUAAAAAAUAUUUUUUUAUCCUUAUCUCAUCCGUUUAUGAAGGGAAUGAAGAUACAAAUUUUCAAUAAUUAUUUUUUGAAAUUUUUCUCUGGUAAGAAUAAUCCUUUCUUUCAACAACAUUUUUUUAUAUACAGGGUGUUUCGUCACUUUCGAGUUUAUAAGGAUUGAAAAUAAUUCUUCUGUAUAGGUACUAAUUGCAAAACAUAGCAUAACUACUGUGGUAAGUAGUGAAAAACGUAUUUACGGAAAAAAAGUAUAUUCAGACGUUUCUCGAAGUGAGUUAAACGGGAUAUGAGGAAACGUUUCGAAAGGAAAGAGGUGGAAAUUAAUUUUGAUACAUAUUAAAAAUAUGGUUUCAUUAGCAUACAAAAUUUUCUUCAACAUUUAAUACUAAAAUACUGCCGGGAAUAAAGUUUAACAUGCUCCGCGCCACAUUACAUUGUUUUCUUCGAAAGUGAGUGGGUGCCUACCAAAUUGAAAAAAAAAAUUGGAAUCAAUUGGUCUAUAAAGGAAUUGUGAAAAAUCUUUGAUCAUUCAAAAUUGUGAAGGCAGAGAAUUGGUACUAGAAUUAAAGAAACAAAUAUCAAAACGGAAAUAAAGCAAUAGUAAAUGAUGGAAUACAUGUCGAAUUUAUGGUUCAAGGUGAAAAAAUACUCCUCUAUACCUCUCAUUCAGAAAUAUUUUUUAAUUAUCAAGUUUAUCCCGAUUUUUGGGGCAAAGUAAUGAAAUCAAAUAUUGCCAUUAGAUUUAGGUGAGAUCUCAGACAAAAAUUGAAAUUAUAGCCUUGGAUUUUAUGUAUUAUGGAACUUUUCCAUUCCAUGUUCCUAGCAUUGGUACUGGGGGAAAUGCGAUUAAUCGAGCGCUGUGAUAGACCAAUCGUUAUUUUUCAAUAAAUACAAAUUUUACUUUUUAACUUAUCGCAGAAAUCGGUUACCAUGCCCUGUUGUUUUUAGAAACAAUAUCAUCGGAUUUUUUGAAAAAAAUUAUUCUAUCGGGUGUCACUAGAUAAAGCCGAUGUAACUCUCAUGGAAUAUAUUCAGACACAUAUUUUAUUCGAUAAAAUAUAAUUUUCAUCCGGUAAGCACAUAUCAUAGAAUAAGGCUAUUAUAUUAAAAGAGACCAGAAACAAACUUUUUAGAACUGCUGACCUAUAAGGUACUCCUAUAAAUCAUGACAAGUGACAUCUAUUAGAUUAUCUGAUCUAUUCAACGCUUCAACGCAUCAAGUUAAUGCGACGAUGCCAAAUUUCCCACUAUUUAUGGAAUUUCACUUUACUCGAUUGAUCUUAUCUUUAUAGCAGACGUACCCAAUUAGUACCUAAGCUGUUAGGAUAUGAUCGAGUACUGUCACUUAUAAUAAUGUAUUUGCAUCACUAAAAAAAUCCGAACUAAAUGAGCAUUAGUUGACAAUGUUAGGGUAACCUUUCAUUGCAUAUCUAAUAGGUUUGGCAUCAUUGCGUAUCUAAUAGGUUUGGCAAUGGUAAUAAGUUUUGAUGAUUCGCAUUGUUUGCGUUAUUUCAAUCCUACUCGGGGACGGGGAAUACUGAUGAAAAAUGAAGAAAACCUUUUAAACACUUCUUCCUAUAUUUAGAAUAUUUAUUCAAAGAUGAAAUCAUCAAAAACAAAUCUACAUCUCAGAGUAUCUCUCAAUAUCAUUUUGAAAUAUCUAUGGCUAUACCUACAUAAUAAGUAAAUAAAAAAGAUCCUUUGGAAAAUUCAAAAUAAAAUACAAUAAUAAAGAGCUACCCAGGUAAAUGUAUAUCCAUUCCAUAUUGAUAUUGCAUAUUUUAUGUUUGCUCUGAUCAUAGAGUCGACUUAAAUAACCAUUAUUGAUCAUUAAUAGGUAUUAAAUAGAUAACAGGUAUCAUGAUAUAUUAUUAUGAGUAAUUUAUCAACAAAUGCAUUGUUUGUGCGUUAAAUUGUAUAAAAUAAUAUAUAAUUCUAAAUGAUAAAAUUCUCGAUAUUAUAGAGUGAACAUCCAUAUAGUAAUUCGCAUUUAUUCGGAACAGAAAGUUUGAGCACCUCUGAUCUAUAAUAUGGGAGGGAUACAAGAUACACGUUAGGAGGACAUUAAAAUUUAUUUCUAUUGGUUCACUUCAAGUUGACCAAUAGUUCACCCCUACAUUUGCACUUCCGAUGCAAGCUUGCCAAGGUUUUUUUUUGGAGGAAUUUUACUAAGAAUCUCAAAAUAGGAAUAUAUUUAUAUCAAAGCGAUUAUAUUGUCAGAAAGCUUCGAUUUUUUGUAAUGAUAAUUCAAAUUUUCACCUGAAUACAUAAAUAACUGAUAUGUAAUGAUGUAUGUAAUGUAAUUUGAUUGUUUUAAUUUGACAACGUUGCAAUUCAUCUGUACACCUGAAGAAAGAUGAAGGAGGGGAAUAUUCUCCCUCAAAAUAGCCGUUGGGGGGACGCUAAGAAAAUUGCGGGAAUUUCUACAAGGGCUUUCAUUUCUCAUUCUCAGAUUUAUUCUAAUUCUGUUGAAUUUGGUGUGAAGUACGUUGUUAUUGAGAUAAUUUUUAAUAGCUACUUUUUCAAAGUUCUUAUUAGGAAGAGAUAAUCUUGCUCUGGAGAAGAUUCAAAAAGAUACAUAGGUAUCUGAAUACAUAUUACAUAUUGAAAUACAUAUUGGAAAAUGGUUAUCAAAAGAUCGAAAAAAAUUGGGAAAAAACCCAAAGGAGGUUUCAAUGCGUCUAAGAAAAUUAAACCAGAUAUUUCCAAUUCGACAAAUCCUCAACCGAAAGUACCUCCGCCGUUCGAAAAUGUUAACAAUGACAAUUUGAAUUACAAUGUUGUUGAAGAUGCGGAAGUUAAUUCUGUAAGGGAUAGGAGUAUAAUCAGGGGAACGCGAAGUCAGAAUGAUUUGAGAUUUAGUUUAGAGUCACGCAAUCAUCAAUGCACAACAAACGCGGCAGUGGCAGUAGCAUAUAGUAAAGUAUUUCCAUUCAGUUCAUGGGAUACCACAAUAAUUGAUAAUAUUCUCGAUUAUGGAGAUCAGCUUUAUAAAAAAUCCGUAGCAAUGCGAACGUCACAAAAUGCACCUGAUCUAUUCGUUGUAGAGGUGUAUCCAAAUUUCAUCAUUGCGAACGUAUUUUAUUCAUUACGAGUAAAUGAGAUGGAUUCGGUGACGGGGUUUGUAGGAUUAGGAAGACGAGGAGAAAUAGAUGUACCCUUAGCACAAGGCAUUGAGAGAAUUUUUCAAAAUUUCGAAUGUGCUAUUUUUACGUGUGGUCUUUUGUCGACUGGCCUGGCUAAAGUCGGAAAUUCCAUUUAUUUAUUUGAUUCCCACAGUCGCGAUAAUAAUGGAAUGGGUAUUGAAGAAGACGGUAAGGCCUGUUUACUUAAAUUUUCAAACGACCAAGAUUUGCUUAACUUCAUGUUGCAAAACUAUAACAACGAUUAUUUAUAUACCUUAGUCCCAGUUCGAGUAGAAAUUGGUUCCGUCGGUGAUUUAUCUGAUGUAGUUGAUUUUCAUACGUUGACAUUAUAUGAAAACCAGAACUCCAGUGUCGUUCGAUCACAAAAAUUUCGAACUAAAAAUAUUUCUACAUUUAGAAAAACAAAUCAGGUGACAACUGAGCCAGAUAUGGAUUGUUCUUCUUCGGCGUUCCCAGGAAAAACCAUAGGUAUUACUUCCCAUUACCUGGGUCCAAUGAAUCGAACAUGUUCGUUCUGCGACGCCCUUUUCUUUAAUAAAGAAUACAUGACAUGCUGUAAUAAAGGCGCUAUCAAACUUCCGGAACAGUCCGUCUAUCCAGAUUUAUUGAAGGCUUUAAUAACGGAUGCGCAUCCUCAGUCAAGUAACUUCAUCAAAAAUAUUCGAAGAUACAACACUCUAUUGGCACUUGGUUCAACCUCCUUCGCCCGAAGAGAAGGUUUAGCGAGCGGAGCCCCAGUGAUCGUUGUAUCAGGGCAAAUAUACCAUCGAUUAUCAGAUGUUGAUACGCUCAAUCCAUCGUUUGGAUCUUUAUAUUUUAUAGAUUCUGGAGAAGCUACCAGAAAGAGGACGUCCAAUAAUGUGCACGACGGUUGUGAUUCUAAAUUAUUGCAACAAAUUGAUGCGCUUUUGAGAAAAAUUCAUCCUUUCGCACAAAUAUAUCAUAAUUUAGGUAAAAAGGUUUUGGAAGGGCGAGGAAUCGGCGGAAAAGACGUGAUUCCUCAAUACGGACUCUAUUUUCAUGGCCAACCGGAUACGGAUCGGAAGAAACAUGCGGCUCCGACAACCUCUAACGAAAUAGGUGGUGUUUUCAGUAGUGUCGACGGGGAUGUACCUCCACCAGGUUCAAUUCGCGUUUAUUUGAUAGGAAACAACUCGCUAGGCCAACAGAAUACUUAUCGAGAUAUUCCAAAAUUGUCGCCAAUCGUAGAUGCAUUAUGUUACCCUUUGCUUUUCCCCCAUGGAGAAUUGGGAUGGUCGAUAAGUUUAAUGAGUAACCGGAGCGGAAAACGUAUUUCAAAACGAGAAUUCGAGUGCUAUCGUUUGAUGAGUCGAUCCGGCAAAUUCAAUCCAAUUCUUUUUUGCGGACGACUUACACAACAAUUCAUUGUUGAUAAAUAUGUGGAAGUAGAGGGUGAUCGGUUACAUUAUUUACGUACCCAUCAAAAAAAAUUACGUGCCAACAAUUACGUCGGGCUGCAAGAUUAUGUUGCGCGUAAAUCAGCAGUCGAAUCGGUCGGAAAUGAAAAAAUCGGCAGAAUCGUUGUACUGCCGAGUACUUUCAUGGGAGGUGCACGUUUCAUGCAGCAAAAUUACCAAGACGCGAUGGCGAUUGUGGCAAAAUUUGGUAGACCCUCACUAUUUGUAACAUUUACAUGCAACCCAAAUUGGCGGGAGAUUACGGAAAAUAUUAAUAGUAGUUUAUUGAAUCCCCAAGACAGACCAGAAUAUAUCGCCCGUGUUUUCGAAUUGAAAAGAAAGGCAUUUUUCGAGGAUAUUUUGAAAAAGAAAAUUUUCGGCGAAGUAAUUGCGUUUGUCUACGUAAUUGAAUUUCAAAAGCGGGGUUUACCACAUAUGCAUUGCUUGAUAUUUUUAGAUGAUAAGGAUAAAUUACGCAAUCCAGAAGACGUAGAUAAAAUCAUAUGUGCCGAGCUGCCAGCGGAAAAUUCGCAGCUUUUCCAAAUUAUUAUGUCAACCAUGAUCCACGGUCCGUGUGGUGAUCGUGCUCCAAACGCAGCUUGUAUGGUAGAGGGUGUUUGUUCGAAAAAAUAUCCAAAAUCAUUUUCGACGAAUACAGCGAUCGACAAAGCUAUACCGAUAUACCGACGGAGAAAUGACGGUCGAACAGCAGCGUUUACGAGAAAUCGUAUUAUGUGUACCGUUGACAACAGGGAUGUAGUUCCGUACAGUCCAUAUCUAUCUCAGAAAUAUGAAAGUCACAUAAAUGUAGAGGUGGUUACGACGGUUGGAGCUGUCAAGUAUGUAUUCAAAUACAUAAAUAAAGGGCCAGACGCUGCCAUUCUCCAAUUAAAAAACGAAAUUGUUUACGACGAGAUAAAAGCGUUUAUAGAAUCAAGGUAUAUUUCCUCUGGCGAAUCAGCAUGGCGUUUGCUAGGUUUUCCGAUUCAAGGAAGAAGUCACGCAAUAUCUAGAUUGCCGGUACAUCUCCCAGGAGAGCGAGUCGUUUAUUUCGAAGAAGGACAAGAGGAGGUGGCUUUGCAAUAUCCAAAAUUGAGCCGUUUAGAAGCAUAUUUUCGAUUGAACGUUGAAAAUGCUAGCGCACGUAAAUUCAAAUAUCUCGAAAUUCCGUUAUAUUAUUCCUUCAACGAUCAAGAACAUCGAUGGAUAAAACGACGAAAAAAUUGCGCUGUUAUACCUCGGUUAUACACAAUCAGUCCAAAAUAUAAGGAAAAAUUUCAUUUACGCAUUUUACUAUUGCACGUCGCUGGACCAACUUCCUUUGAAGAUCUACGCACGUUUCACGGCGUAAUGUACCCAACUUUCACAGAAACGGUACGAGCUAGAAAUUUAAUCGCCUCUGAUCACGAAUGGUUCAAAACAUUAGAACAUGCGGCUUUGGUUGAUAUGCCAGGUUCUAUGAGAAAAUUAUUCGCUUAUAUGUUAUGUUUUUGCGAGAUUGGAAAUCCAAUAGACCUCUGGGAAAAUUUCAAAAAAUGUAUGUUCGAAGAUUUUAUCAAAAAAGGAUAUACAGAACGUGAUUCAGAAAAUCGAUGUUUGCGCAGAAUCAGUUACGUUUUAAAUGCUUUGGGCAGAAAUUUGUCAGAUUUUAAUUUGCCAGAACCGGAGACUGACUCAGAAAAUGACAUUCACGAUAUCGACGAAGAAAAUAAUCAAAUUGAAAGAACUAAUGUGGAAGAAUUCAAUCCAAAUAACUUGAAUACAGAUCAACGCAAUGUAUUCGAUCGAGUCAUCAACGCAUUACAGUCGGAUGUAAAUGACAGAUAUUUUUAUGUCCAAGGAAGCGGCGGAACGGGAAAAACUUUCAUUUAUAAUGCUUUAUUAGAGUAUUGCGAAAUAUUGCGUAUUCCGGCCAUAGCCGUUGCAUUCACAGGAAUCGCCGCAUUACUUCUUAAGAAUGGAAGGACCGUUCAUUCCACAUUCCGAUUACCCUUGGACUUUAACGCAGACACCCGUUCGUCAAUAACCGUACAAUCCGAAGAGGCUGGAUACUUAAGAAAUCUUCAACUCAUUAUUUGGGAUGAGAUAUCGAUGGUGAACUACCACGUCAUAAACAUAGUAGACGAACUUCUUCGAGAUAUAUGCUCUAAUUCAGAACCUUUCGGUGGUAAGUGCAUAUUAUUCGGUGGGGACGUAAAACAGUUAUUACCUAUAGCUCCAGGUCGCGUUCAACAGGUUGAAUUAUUUUUCACAAACUCUAGAGUUUGGAAUAGAUUUCAUGUAUUAAACUUGGUUCAAAAUAUGAGAGUAAGGGAAGGCGAGGAAGACUUCACUUCUUGGCUUGAAGAUCUCGGACGCGGUAUCAUCAACGAAAAAAUAACCAAAGAUGGACAAGAUUGCAAUGAUUUAAUCUGUCUUCCUAAUCGAUGCUUAACGGAUAAUGUCGUUGAUGAGAUUUAUGGAGAGCUUAAUACCCUUACACCAGAACAGCUCUCUACGCGCGCCAUCCUAUGUCCCAAGAAUGAUCAUUGUAAUCAACUCAAUGACAGAAUUCUCGAUAGAUUUUCCGGAACUCUUACUAUAAUUCAUAGCAAUGAUAGUGUGGUUUCGAAUGACGAAGACGAGAUUGCGAACUUCCCUGAAGAAUAUUUAAACACUAUAACACCCAGUGGAAUGCCAUUGCACGAACUUAGGUUGAAAUCAGGCGUACCAAUUAUACUUUUGCGGAAUCUAUGUUUGCAAGAUGGGUUGAUUAAUGGAACGCGAUUAUUAGUAUCAGCCGUUACAGACGUUCUUUUAACAGCGGAAAUUGUAACUGGUCGUUUUGUAGGAAAAAAAGUCCUAAUUCCACGAAUGGACCUCACUUCGGCCGAUAGAAAUCUACCUUUUGUACUCAGACGACGACAAUUUCCAGUAAAAGUUUGUUUCGCACUUACUAUCAAUAAAGCGCAAGGCCAGACAUUUGAUCAGGUCGGAAUUUAUUUGGAUAGUCCAGUUUUUUCUCACGGGCAACUUUAUGUUGCGUUCUCGAGGGCUCGAUCAUGGAAUGGCGUAAAAGUGGAAAUACAUCACUCGCGAAAUCAAGGUAAACUGAAAAAGUCAUCAAAACAAAUUUUUACUAAAAAUAUAGUAUACAGUAGUAUUUUGAAUUCAAUUUUAAUUUGAAAUAUAAAAUUUCCAUUAGUUCACUUUUAAUUUACCUUUGAUUCUUCCUUAUUUCUACAAAGAAUAAUUAUUGUUUGGAAGAAACUUUGAUUCUUGAAUUCAAAGCUUUUACAGUUAUGUCAUCAUAUAUUAUAUCAAUCAAUAAAAUCUAAAAAAAAAUGGUAUCAUUCGCGAAAAUAAAUUUCAAUAAAUUCUUCUCAACAAACUAAAUCAAGUUUACGCCUUUCGAAAUUUAAAUUAAUAAUUAUUUUGUAUAAUCAUUUGAUUAAUUAUUUAUCAUGAAUUUUUUUUUGCUACCUUAUGCCCUCACGUAUUUCUUUGAAUGAUAGAUCAGUUCUGAAAUUUUCUUUAUACUUUUAACAAACGGACGGAGGUACUUAAAUAAUAAAAAAAAACCCAAGGAAACUCAUGGAUCUACGCAAAAUAAGACUCUUCAAUAAUAGGCUACUGAGAAACUCCCCAAGAUGAUAUGCAGUCUGAUUUUGUUAUGAGUUAUUCAAAAACAUCCCGAUUGCCGAAGAAGAGCUAUGUUAUUUAAGAUAAGUGAUUGAUUCCAUCAGCUGAAAGUUUGCUUCAGUAACUUAUGGAAAUAUCCAAGAUUAUAUCAAUUUUAUUUGAUAUAUCACAAAUGAUAACUUUAUCACUGAUUUUUAUCUUUUUAGAUCUAUAGGAAUAUCAAUGAGCAUGAUAAUAAUUGGCAAUAUCAGGUCAUUAAUGAAAAAUUCUAAAAGAAAUGGGCGAUGGUUAUACAACGAAACAAAAACUCCACAAAAAAAACACAGCGGAAGCUCAAUUUUAAAUAUAUAUGGUUAUGAUGACUGAAUGUUCUCCUAAACGAACAGUGAGGAAUUCUUUCAUAAUGGUUACUUAGAGGAUAUAACAAUAAAAAAACAAAGAUGACGAAACUUUGAAGAACCAUUACCAGAAGUAAUUUUGAAGAACAAGAAACGGAAGACAAAAUUCAUGAAAACCAUUAUCUCCAUUGGUUUAUUUCAAUGUUAUAAUCAAUGUUUUGUUAUUAUAUUUUAUCAUUGUAAUGCAUCAUUGGGUUCAUUCCGAUGUUUUACUUAAUAUUCAAUGUUUAAUAAUCAGAUAGGUGUGUUCAAUUGUAUAAUUUCAACAAAACUUCAUUUAUGUUCUUUUUCAAAUAUAUAUUUUAUCUCUCAUUACAAGAAUAAGUUCUUUUCAUUAUGAUUUAUAUAAUGGUCAACAAACAACUAGA